CCAAGCGGCCAUGCAACCUGAGCUCACGUCGUCGGAGAUCGAGAUGCUCUCGUUUGACUGCGCCGACGACCGCAUCGCCGCUUACUUGCAACGGCGUGCGGCAAUGGCCCAUGAUGACGAGGCUCAGGAUGAAGAGCUCACGCCGUCCGAGAUGGAGAUGCUCAUGCUCGACAACGUCGAUGAUCGCAUCGCCGCUUACGUGGCGCACCGAAUGAUCUCGGCGAAUGUCGACAAGACCACGGCAACCGAGACAACCGUCGACAACGACCACACAAAGUCGGCAGUCGACACCAUGGGUCAAGGUGCUGCUGACCAAGAACUACCGCCGGCACCGACAGAUCCCUUGCGUCUCGGUGUGCCCAAGAGCAUCGAGGGGACGGUGUACGACCUCUCGCGGCCCAACGGUUGCGAUUACACGGUGUGUGCGUCCUGCUACGCAGCGUACAAGCACACGUAUGCACCCGAUGACAUUUUUAUCGCCAAGCCAGCAAUACCACCUGCGCUGGUCGUGCGCUUUGCUGCCGAGGCCAAAACCAUUGACGUCACAAACUUGGAUUUUGUCGCGACGAAUGGCAUGCACGUGCCGCCCGCAGACGUCGCCGCCGUCUUUGAAGCACACACGGUGCACCACUGCACCACACGGCGGCUCGCGGCACCGAAGCUGUUUGUCUUUGUUUUCUUCUUGCUGUGA